AUGGCUCCUGCACAGAGUGCUCGCCAGGGCCGGCAGGCUCGGAAGCCUGUCCUCAACGCCCGGAAGCUCAAACGAAAAAGGAACGAAGAACAGCUGGCCUCGCUCGGUCAGCGUGUGGAGGAGCUCGAUCCCAAGGCUCAACUCGAAUCGUUCUCCGAACUCCCUCUUUCUGAACCCACUGCCAACGGCCUGGCGGCUUCUCAUUAUAAGACGAUGACUGAUAUCCAAGCUCGUGCCAUUCCCUUUGCUCUCAAAGGAGCCGACAUUCUGGGAGCUGCGAAGACGGGCAGCGGAAAGACGUUGGCGUUCCUGAUCCCGGUUCUCGAAAACUUGUACCGCAAGCAAUGGACUGAAUACGACGGCUUGGGGGCACUGAUUAUCUCUCCGACGCGCGAAUUGGCCAUCCAGAUCUUCGAGGUCCUGCGGAAGAUUGGCCGAUACCACACGUUUUCCGCCGGUUUGGUCAUCGGCGGUAAGAGUCUGAAGGAAGAGCAGGAACGCCUCGCGAGGAUGAACAUUCUCGUCUGUACCCCGGGACGGAUGCUGCAGCAUCUGGAUCAGACCGCCGAGCUCGACGUGUACAAUCUACAGAUGUUGGUGCUGGACGAGGCAGAUCGCAUCAUGGACAUGGGUUUCCAACAGACGGUGGAUGCGAUCAUUGAGCACCUACCGAAAGAACGCCAGACGCUGCUUUUUAGCGCAACUCAAACCAAGAGAGUUUCCGAUCUGGCGCGGUUGAGUCUCCAGGAUCCGGAAUACGUUGCCGUUCACGAAUCCGCCGAAACUUCGACGCCCACGACGCUUCAGCAGCACUACGUGGUGACCCCGCUCCCUGAGAAACUCAAUACUUUGUGGAGUUUUAUCCGGAGCAACCUGAAGGCCAAGACGCUGGUGUUCUUGUCUUCCGGGAAACAGGUUCGGUACGUAUACGAGUCGUUCCGGCACCUGCAACCCGGUGUUCCAUUGCUCCAUCUACAUGGCCGGCAGAAGCAGGGUGGACGGCUGGACAUCACCACCCGAUUCUCCCGAGCGAAGUACGCAGUCCUGUUUGCGACAGACGUUGCGGCACGCGGCUUGGACUUUCCCGCUGUGGACUGGGUCAUCCAGCUGGACUGCCCUGAAGACGCUGAUACCUACAUUCAUCGAGUGGGAAGGACGGCUCGAUAUGAGCGGAAUGGACGGGCUGUCCUCUUCCUGGACCCGACUGAGGAGGAGGCGAUGCUGAAACGGCUUGCACAGAAGAAGGUUCCGAUCGAACGGAUCAAUGUGAAAGCCAAGAAAAAGCAGAGCAUCAAGGAUCAAUUGCAGAAUAUGUGCUUCAAGGACCCGGAACUGAAAUAUCUGGGCCAGAAGGCGUUCAUCUCCUACGUCAAAUCGAUCUAUCUUCAGAAGGACAAAGAAGUCUUCAAACUCAAAGAGCUGCCGUUGGAGGAGUUUGCAGCCAGCCUGGGACUUCCAGGAGCGCCUCGUAUCAAAUUCAUCAAGGGAGAGGACAGCAAAGCCCAAAAGAACCAGCCCCGGGCUCUGCAAAAGCUAUUGAACGAAGAGGAGUCUGGUGAGGAGAACGGCGAGAAGAAGGCCAAGAAGAACGGAGAGGUCAGAACGAAGUAUGACCGCAUGUUCGAGAGACGCAACCAGGACGUGUUGGCGGAUCAUUACUCGAAGCUUAUCAACGACGAUGGAACGGCGAUAGCAACUGGCCAAGCCAAUGGCGACACCCAGGACGCAGACGCAGACGACGAGUUCCUCUCGGUGAAGCGUCGGUACGAAGCCGGCGACGAAGGUCUCGAUGACGGCCUCUCGGAAGCUUCAAGUGUGAGGAAGGAUGUUAAGGUGGUCCACAUCGACGGCAAGGAGCCGCUGGUCAUCGACUCGAAGCGCCGCGAGAAGCUACUCAAGUCGAAGAAGAAGUUGCUCAAAUACAAGAGCAAGGGGACCAAGCUGAUCUACGACGAAGAGGGCAAUCCCCACCAGGUCUACGAGUUGGAAGACGAAGAGAAAUUCAAGGCGCAGGGUGACGCCAAGGAACAGAGGGCCAAGUUCUUGGAGGCCGAGGCCGAGAAGACGAGACUGGCCGAUAUCACGGAUAAGGAGAUCGCGAGACAGAAGCGGAGAGAGAAGAAGGAGAAGCGGAAGGCCCGCGAGAGGGCGCUGCGGGAGCAGCAAGCUGGCCCGACUGCUGUCCUGGCUCCCUACGAGGAGGAAGACGAAGGCGAUGUCGAAGGCGAUGUCGACAUGGCGAGUGUCUCGGAGCAUGACGAAGAAUAUGAAGAGAAUGAAGAAGAAGAGACCCGUCCAGCGAAGAGACAGAGAAUGUCGUCCGAGGACGACGCUUCUUCAGAAGAAGAAGAGGAAGAAGAAAAAGAAAAAGAAAAAGAGAGCAAGAAACGCCCCGCGAAGCGUUCCAAACGCACUCACAAGGAAGGCCCGGCUCCCGGAGAACCGGUGGAAGUCAAUACGCUGGAGGAUCUGGAGGCGCUGGCGACUGGGUUGCUGGAGUGA